AAAAAGAAGACGUAGUGUUGGGAUAAAAUUUCUCGUGAUGUGGAAGAAAUUCCGACAAGAUAAUGCGCGCUCCUGCGCAAGCUAUACAACGCGAAAGGAGCGCGAAUGCCGAAUGGAGCAGCAGCGACGCGCCAGCAUUCAGCGAUAGUAGCAACAGCAGCAGCAGCAGCAGUAGUAGUAGCCGCUGAUAGUCACCGAAGGGGGCAAAGUGGAGCGGCAAGUGGGGGCAAUAAUAAAUCGUUCACCUGAACGACGCGACGCUCUUCGGCGCGCUCGCAGUGUCUCGGCCGAUCUCGCACCGAUCGCACCACGCUCGCCCAUCCUUAACCACACGACUUCGCGCGCGCGAACACGUACACACCGCUACCUACACGUACGUCAAACGCACACGUCAGUUCCGCCGUUUGAUUUCGCUUCGGUUAUCUCUCCUCUCCUCUCCUCUCUCUCUCUCUCUCUCCUCUCUCUCUCUCUCUCUCUCUCUCUCUCUCUCUCUCUUUCUCUCUGUCUCUCUUUUCUUCCUUCUGCUCCCUACUUCCAUUCACGACUUCUCGACACUCCUCUUCCCGAUUCAGUCUUGUCUUUCUCUCUCUCUCUCCUUUUUCUAUAUACAUAUAUAUAUAUAUAUUUCUCUCUCUCUCUCUCUCUCUCUCUCUCUCUCCCCCUCUCCCCCUUCCCUCCCUUUUUCUCCAUCCGUCUCCAUGUAUCUCUUUCGCUUCUUCUAUCCAUAUCCCUACGUCGCUCCCUCCUCCUGAUCGUAUGCCUCUUCCUCGCCCAAGUACAUCAUCAUCAGCGCCGGUCGUUCCCACGAUCACUGUCGCAACCACCGACAGCCGACCACGCAGCAGUCGAAGAGGUAGUCGUGUGCACUCGCGUGCAUUCGUCGCGUGCGGACGGACUCGAGGGCCAACGAGGAUCGCUCGAUCGUGGACGCUGGUACCGCUGUGAACGAUCGAUCGAUCGACCGACCGGUUGAUCGGGGACGUGGUGGACAUCCUCCGCGGUAUCAGCUGGUCCCGCCGAGAGAAGGGUAUGCGGUGAUCGCGCUGCCUCUGCUUCAGAGAGCAUCCGACGUUUUCCGUGAAACGCACAGCGACGACGGUAACGACGACGACGACGACGACGACCACGACCACGAUCACGACGACGACGACGACGACGUGUAAAAGAGGAGAAGUAAAAGCGCGUCUUCUGGACCAGGAUCAACGGUAUAAUAAACGCGCACGGCGGCACCGCGCGCUCCGGCACACUUAGCGCACUCUGAAAGGAGGAUUGACUUUCUCCAGCUGUUCUUCCAACUGUUCGACAGCCUCUUCCAAGCCGUCGUCGCGAGAAAACGACCAAGAGAACGCCAAGAAGGCAACACGUGACGCUGGAAGACUACGGCGGCAUCGGUAAGACAAGGACGACGAAGACGCCAAAGCUCGACGACUUCGGGAAAGAGGUGUUUUUUGUGUACUUUAUCUACGGGUGGAUUCUGAAGGAAGGAAGGACACCUGAAAGAGAGAGAGAGAGAGAGAGAGAGAGAGAGAGAGAGAGAGAGGGAGAGAGAGAAGAAAGGAGAAGCAAGAGGAAACGAGCUUCGAGUUCGCACUUGGAACGAUUUUGGCGUAUCGCCGGUGUGCUUUCGUGAUUUCGGGGUGAAGGCGCAGUGAAGGUUCGUUCAGCAUGAGGGUGCAUCGCGGGAUCUGCGCGAAACUGCAGGGCGGCUUCCUCAGACGAUGGUGGGCGGCCGUAGCGAUCGGAGUGCUGCUGAUAAUCGUGGCCGUCGUCCUGGCGAUUCUGUUUCCGAAUCUCAUCGACCUCGUCCUGGACAAAGAGCUCGUCAUACGCGAUGGCGGCCGCACGUAUAAGUGGUGGAAGGAGCCGCCGGUGGUGCCUCACAUGAAGAUCUACAUUUACAACGUGACGAACGCCGACGAGUUCCUGAACAACGGCGAGAAGCCCGCCCUGCAGGAGCUGGGCCCGUACGUCUACAGGCAGCACUGGGAAAAGACGGAAGUCAAAUUCAACGACAACGGAACCGUUACCUACAAGGUCAAGAAAACGUUCGUCUACGUACCGGAGAUGUCGUCCGGCUCCGAGGACGACCUGGUGGUCGUGCCGAACGUUCCCAUGCUGUCGGCCACCAGUCAGUCGAAGCACGCCGCCCGAUUCCUGCGUCUGGCGAUGGCGUCCAUCAUGGACAUCCUGAAGAUCAAGCCGUUCGUCGAGGUGUCGGUCGGCCAGCUACUCUGGGGCUACGAGGAUCCGCUGCUGAAACUGGCCAAGGACGUGGUGCCUAAGGAGCAAAAGCUGCCGUACGAUCAGUUCGGUCUGCUGUACGGCAAGAACUCCACCAUGCCGGACCUGUACACCAUAUUCACCGGCGCAAACGACAUCACCAAGUUCGGCAUGAUGGACAAGUGGAACGGCAAGGAUGGCCUGGGCCAUUGGACCACGCAGGAAUGCGACUCCAUCAUGGGCACCGACGGCAGCAUAUUCCCACCACACAUCACCAAGCACACGAUGCUCAAGGUCUUCGACAAGGACCUCUGCAGGACGUUACCGUUGGUCUAUCAGCGCGAUGUGUUAGCCGCGGGGGAUGUGCCCGGCUACAGAUUCGCUCCUCCGACGAACGUCUUCACCUCGGUGGAGAACUUACCUUCGCAGAAGUGCUACUGCCCGGCCGGGCCGCCUUGCGCGCCAGAAGGAACGUUCAACGUCUCCCUGUGCCAGUACGACUCGCCGGUUCUCAUCACUUUCCCGCAUUUCUACCUCGCCGACCCGGCCUUGCGGGACGCUGUGACGGGCAUAUCGCCGCCGGAUCCUGAGAAGCAUCAGCUCUACAUCGACGUGCAGCCGAUAAUGGGCACGGCUAUGAGAGCGCGCGCACGGGUGCAGAUCAAUCUGGCGGUGAGCCAGGUGCGAGACAUCAAGCAGGUCGCUUCGUUCCCCGACAUCGUUUUCCCCAUCAUGUGGUUCGAGGAUUGCGUCGACGAGUUGCCCCCGGAGAUGCGCUCCCUGCUGAAGCUGGCCGUGGACCUGCCGCCGAUAGCCCGCGCCGCGGUCUCGGGCGUGCUCGGCGCGCUCGGCCUCAUCAUCCUGCUGGGUGCCCUCAUGUGCCUCGCUCGCGCCGCCAAGCGCCAGGAGAAGCUGCACCUCAGCAAUCCGCUGCCGGCGAACGCGACCAACACCAAGAACACCAAGAACGGCCAACUGAACCCGGCCUUCCAGCACUCCAAGUAGAUGCAUCGUGAGGAAUCGACGAGUGCGAGGGCCGACGUGCGCUCUCUCUCUCUCUUUCUCUCUCUCUCUCUCUCUCUUUCCCCCUCUUUCCCCUUUCUCUCU